CGCCAAACAGUCCCCUAAUUCCUCUCCUAUAUUUAAGCGCAUACUCCCAGACCCAGAGCCACUGCCAACCACUCUCUCACUCCAAACUCCACUAUCAUUACAGUUGCUUGGGUUUUUUUAUUGUUUGUUUAUUGUAUAAAAUUCGCGGAAGCAGCAGCAGCAAUCAUCCAAUGGCGCACGUUAGCGAGCUCCCCUGCGACGGCGACGGAGUGUGCAUGGUGUGCAAGAACAAGGCGGCGGAGGGGGAGACGCUCACGUGCAAGACUUGCGUCACGCCGUGGCACGUUGCGUGUCUGAAAGCCCCCCCCAAAACCCUAGCCGAUGCAGCUCAGUGGGACUGCCCUGACUGUUCAGAUCCUUCCGGAGCGGUGGUGAAACCGGCGGUUUCCGGAGGAGGACUGGUGGAGAAGAUCCGUGCGAUCGAGUCGGAUGCUUCGCUGACGGACCGGGAGAAGGCGAAGCGGCGUCAGGAGCUGAUGAGCGGAGGCGCGAACGAGGAGAAGGAGAAGAAGGGUGGUAGCGUUCGGGGUGUUUUGGGGAUUUUGGGGGAUAAGUUCAACUGCUCCAUUUGCAUGCAGCUUCUCGAUAGGCCUGUCUCGACACCAUGCGGCCACAACUUUUGCUUGAAAUGCUUUCAGAAAUGGGUGGCACAGCAGCGCAAGAAGACUUGUGCUAUAUGUCGGAAAACAAUUCCUAUUAAGAUGGCAAGGGAGCCUCGAAUUAACUCUGCUAUUGUUAUGGCUAUCAGAAUGGCCAAACAUUCCCAGUCUAAUUUUGCAGGAGGAGCCCCAAGAGUCCAUCAUUUUAUUCACAACCAAGACCGUCCUGACAAAGCGUUUACCACUGAGCGAGCACAAAAAUCUGGAAAGGCUAAUGCAUGCAGUGGGAAGAUUUUUGUAACAGUUCCUCUUGAUUAUUUUGGUCCAAUAACAGCUGAGAGUGACCCACAAAGAAAUCAGGGUGUUUUGGUUGGUGAAACUUGGGAAGAUAGGAUGGAAUGCAGGCAAUGGGGGGCUCACUUUCCACAUGUUGCAGGGAUUUGUGGUCAGGCAGAUCAUGGGGCUCAAUCGGUUGCAUUGUCUGGGGGUUAUGAAGACGAUGAGGAUCAUGGAGACUGGUUCCUCUACACAGGAAGUGGUGGACGUGACCUUAGCGGGAAUAAAAGGACGAACAAGAUACAGUCGUUUGACCAGAGAUUUGAAAAAUUUAAUGAGGCCUUACGAGUCAGUUGCCGAAAGGGUUAUCCUGUUCGAGUUGUGAGGUCUCAUAAGGAGAAACGUUCUUCUUAUGCACCACAGGAAGGUGUACGAUAUGAUGGAGUUUACAGGAUUGAAAAGUGUUGGCGCAAGGCUGGAAUUCAAGGGUUUAAGGUCUGUCGCUACCUAUUUGUUCGUUGUGAUAAUGAUCCUGCACCAUGGACAAGUGAUGACCAUGGUGACCGUCCAAGAUCAUCGCUGCCUCCUGUUCCAGAGUUGAAGCAUGCUAUUGAUAUUACUGAAAGGAAAGCAAGUCCCGCCUGGGAUUAUGAUGAUCAAGAGGGCCGUUGGAUAUGGAAAAAGACUCCACCAGAAAGUAAAAAAGCACCCGGUGAUUAUGAUUGUGGAGAUCAGACUACAAAGAAAAGAAAACGUAAGAGCAGAAAGGGAACUGUCAAAGAAAGGCUUUUGAAAGAAUUUAGUUGCCAAAUCUGCCGGAAUGUGAUGGUUCUUCCGCUCACUACUCCUUGUGCUCAUAACUUUUGCAAAGCAUGCUUAGAGGGUGCAUUUGCCGGUCAGUCAUUUGUAAAACAGAGGACAUGUGGAGGGACAAGGACACUACGGGCUCAGAAGAAUGUUAUGAAAUGCCCAUCUUGCAAAAAUGAUAUAUCGGACUUCCUUCAGAAUCCCCAGGUCAACAGGGAGUUGAUGAAUGUAAUUGAAUCGCUACAGAACCAGAUGAAGGAGGAAAGCCUGGAGACUGAAGGAAUUGACAGUGGAGAUCGGGAAGGUGUUGAUAUAAGUGAUGAUGCUGAUAAUGGAAGUAUGGAUGUGGACAUGAACAAAGAAUCUGAUGGCAUGGACGAAAAAUCCUACACUGUUGCUGAAAAUAAAGAGAACUGUGAUGUAAAUGCUGAAGUUCUGAAAGCAGGCAAGGAUGAUAAAGUUGCUGUGAAACAGUCAACUGAUACCAAACCUCAACGAGUAUCCAGGAGAAAGAAAGGCAGUGGUGAUGGAAUGUUGCCAACAAAAUCCACAGUUAAACCAGUUGCUGUGUCUGGUGAUGUAGAAGUUGCUGGUGCUGGGGCUGGAGUUUCUGAGUGUAAAGAGUCUCAUGAAACUGCAAAACCUGAAAAACCUAAGAGAACCUACUUGCGGAAGAGAGCUGGUGCAUGUGCGCAAUAGCUUCAGAUGCUGGCAGGAAGCAAAGAGGCAAAAAGAAGACUUAAAUGGUUUUGGAUGCUAAAGCCAGCAGUCUCUAGUUCUACUUUUGUGCUCUCUUGGCCUUUUCUUACCUCAUCUCUUAUUUUGAGUAGCUACAUGGGAUUGAGAACCUUUUGUUAUUUGGGUUGGAAGUGGGGCAAUGGGUACAUAGUUUCUUUUUGGCAGGUUUUAUGAACUACAUUUUGGUAUCAUGGGUACACAAUUUCUCUUGGGAGUUUUUUAAAGUAUGGAACUACAUUUGAUGUA